UACUCUGUGGGGCCUAGCGGUUCGCAGCUUUUUUUUGGCGGGCAGGUUAUUGUUUACUGCGUGAGCAACCAGUACUGCCGCUGUCUGCCUCGAGAUCCUAUUACAUACUACAUUCGCCUAUCAUCCAGCCCGGCGCUGUAAUCGCCGUAUCUGCUCUGGCUGAGUGGACCCAGGCGCCUCCAUCGCUCGCUUAUCAGCAGAAUUGCUCUGGGUUUCUCCGCUUUAAAGCUUGCUGCUCUCGCUACUCGCGCUGCUCUCGCUGCUUCCAGACCAUAUCGCUCAGCUUUGUGCAGUUUUUGCUGCUGCGAUGGUUAGAAAUAUCCACUACCCUGUCUAUAAUUUAUAUUGAGUGACCCUACUCCAUCAUUACUACUACUAUAUAAACCCUUGAGCAUGGCUCGCAACGUCGCCCGGGCGAUCAAUCCGCCGUCACAUCCUGGCUCAUACAACCGCUCGUUUCUAUCCGCCUCCCCUCUCGCAGAGGCGGCUAUUGCGCGCGAUCUGGCAGACUACGCCGGCGCUGUUAUCACUGACGACGAGGAAGAGGAGGAGUCUGACUCCUCGACCGUCCGUCCGAUCAACAACGGCGAGAGCUUACACUCCCUGGCCGGGUCGUAUCGCCGCCCGAGCUUUAUCGCGAGUACCUCGCGGGGCACCGUCGUACCCCAUCACCUAGAGCCGGAACGGCUGUCGCAUCGCGAACGGGAACAGAUCUUUGAAGAGGAGAGACGCCUGCUGAGCGACAAUCAUAUCAUCCGGACAGAUCACGCGCCUGACGCAUCCGCUGGGCUGCAACACAAAAUCAGCGGGCUGUUCUCCUCGCGUAAAGGGUCGGUCUCGGCGAGUGAUGCUUCCUCGGGGAUCCACGGCGAUCAAAGAAAUCGCACCGCCGUCACCGAAACCACAUCGCUACUGGGCGCGGAGAACCAUCGGGCGGUCGAAGAAGAAAUCGACCGCAAAUGGGAAGAGGCCGUCGUCGCGGGCCUGAUUCAGACGUCCUGGCGACGGGAAGCCCAGGUGAUUGGCACAUACGCCGCUCCGCUCAUGCUCACUUUCGUCCUCCAGUAUUCCUUGACCGUGUCUAGUGUCUUCGCCAUCGGCCGUCUAGGGACAAAGGAGCUCGGAGCUGUCAGCCUGGCUAGCAUGACUGCCAACAUCACCGGCUAUGCCGUCUACCAGGGUCUUGCGACGAGUCUGGACACCCUCUGUGCUCAAGCGUACGGGUCCGGGAAGAAGAAGCUCGUGGGCUUACAAUUGCAGCGAAUGGUCUAUUUCCUUUGGCUCUCCACCAUUCCUAUUGCUCUUACCUGGUUUUUCGCUGACCACAUCCUCUUGAAAAUUAUCCCGGACAGGGAAGUCGCCGUUCUGGCUGGGCAAUACCUCAAGAUUGUGCUUCUCGGGACUCCUGGGUAUGCCUGUUUCGAAAGUGGGAAACGAUAUGUACAAGCUCAAGGGCUCUUCUCUGCUUCUCUCUACGUUCUGAUUUUCUGCGCCCCAUUGAACGCCUUGAUGAACUGGCUAUUUGUUUGGAAAUUCGAGUGGGGAUACAUAGGAGCUCCUAUCGCCGUGGCCAUCACAGACACCCUUCUCCCGAUCUGUCUGUUCCUGUACGUGUAUUUCGUGGCCGGAUCCGAAUGUUGGAACGGCUUCACCUGGCGAGCCCUCCAUAACUGGGGACCGAUGAUCCGCCUCGCGCUUCCGGGCCUGAUGAUGAUUGAGGCCGAAUGCCUGGCCUUUGAGAUCCUCACGCUGGCCUCCUCCUACCUCGGCACCGGCCCUCUAGCAGCCCAAUCGAUCCUCUCCACCGUCUCCAGCCUCACCUUCCAGAUCCCCUUUCCGCUGUCCAUUGCGGGCAGCACUCGGAUUGCAAACCUGAUCGGGGCCACCCUGGUGGGGGCGGCCAAGACGUCCGCCAAAGUGAGCAUGAGCGGCGCCGUGAUCGUCGGCGUGUUCAAUAUGAUCCUCCUGUCUGCCCUCCGCUCCUACAUCCCCCGCCUGUUCACCUCCGACGAAGAGGUCGUCGGACUCGUCGCCCAGGUCCUCCCGCUCUGUGCCGCCUUCCAGCUCUUCGACGCCCUGGCCGCAAACUGCAACGGCAUCUUCCGAGGUCUCGGCCGCCAAGAGAUCGGCGGCUACGUCCAGCUGUUCUGCUACUACGCCGUCGCCAUGCCCAUCAGCUUUGGAACCACCUUCGGUCUCGGUUGGGGCUUGCCCGGUCUCUGGUCUGGUGUGGCCAUUGCCCUGGGCCUGGUCUCGCUUAUUGAAAGCAUCUUCCUCAGUCAAGUUGAUUGGCAACGCUCUGUCGAUGAAGCCAUCACCCGGAAUGCCAUGGCAUGAUAUGCUCACUUAUCUACAUGUUUUAUCUUUAUACAUCUUUAUAUACUUUCAUGCUGUUUACUGAUGUCUGUCUUUGUAUUUCCUUGAUACAUUAUUAGACACUAUUCAUGAAUAUGAUGACUAUGAU